AUGAAGGCUGUUUCGCUAUUCAUUGCCGCUAGCCUGUCCGGCAUCAGCUACUGCCAGCCGGCCAAACAACAGAAUUCGACCAUCUACAAUCCGAUCCUUCCUGGCUUUCACCCUGAUCCAUCAUGCGUCUUUGUCAAGGAGUGGGACAAUACUUUCUUCUGUGCGACAUCGACUUUUCUCGCUUUCCCUGGUAUUCCCAUCUACGCGAGCAAGGAUCUUCAAAACUUUAGACUUAUUGGACAUGCCUUCAACAGACCUGAGCAACUUCCUGCUUUUGGUAAUAUCACUGGACAGCAGCAAGGUUGGUAUGCGCCGACUCUGAGAUACCAUAAUAAUCGGUUCUGGAUCAUUAAUUCUUGUGUUGGUGCUGCGACUGGUUACUGGAGUACUCCUGAUCCUUACAACAAUUCUGCUUGGACGAAUGUAACUCCUACUGACAUCCCUGGAUAUGACCCCGACCUCUUUUGGGACACCGAUGGCACAAUCUACUCUGCCUUUGCAAAGACAGUACUGAGCGAUCCCUUUACUACGGAGAUUCAUCAGGUAAAUAUCAGCAUGCCUUCCGGGAACACAACUACGGAUCGCUUCUUGUGGAAUGGUACCGGUGUACAGCCUCCCGAGGGCCCACAUAUGAUGAUCAAGGACGGCUAUCACUACCUUCUCCUGGCCGAGGGCGGCACCGCGCAGGCCCAUCAAGUGACCAUAGGCCGCGGAAAGUCUGCUCAAGGGCCGUUUGAAUCAGACCCGGCAAAUCCAAUCCUGACAGCAUAUAACACAAGUGAGUAUUUUCAGACUGUUGGUCAUGCAGACCUUUUCCAAGACUCUGUUGGAAACUGGUGGGGCGUUGCACUGUCUACUCGUUCUGGUCCAGUGUAUGAGACUUGGCCAAUGGGCAGAGAGACUGUCUUGUACCCUGCCAAAUGGGAGAAGGGUCAGUGGCCUGUCCUAGGAGGCCCGAUCAGGGGCAAGAUGGAAGCACCUUUACCGCCUGUCAACAAGAACAUCCGCGGCACUGGCGCAUUCGUGAAGGACCCUGAUAACUACAACUUUUCUCCUGGCUCAUCUAUCCCAUCUCACUUCUCCUACUGGCGCUUCCCUCAGACCCAGAACUAUGCUGUCUCUCCUAAAGGCCAUGCGAACACUUUGAGGUUGCUUCCCUCCCGCGCCAACUUGACUGGCGAUGCUGCCUUUGUCCCCACCGACGGCAUUACUUUCAUCGGUCGCCGACAAACCGACACUCUCUUCACCUACAGUGUAGAUGUCGAUUACUCACCAUCACAAAUCGGAGAAGAGUCGGGUGUUACGCUAUUCCUCACACAAACCUACCACGUCGACCUCGGUAUCGUGCGACUCAACAAGACUGGCAAUUGCCUCCGCUUCCGCGCCGAGGGUCCCAACGCGCCAAAAGAGACUGUAGUCGCCAUUCCCCAGAAGUGGUGUGAUCAAGGCAUGCAGCUGCAGAUUCAAGCUUACAAUGUCACACACUUUUCCUUCUCUGCUGGACCGAAGGAUGGGCAAAUCAAACAGAUUGCUACUGUUCCUGCUACUAUUGUGUCGAACGGAUUUACUGGUUCUUUCGUUGGUGUUUAUGCGACUAACAAUGGCAAUGCUAAGGGGAAGACUCCCUCGUAUAUCAGUAAUUGGGUCUACCAAGGUCAGGGACAGUACAUCGGUAACGGAGAGUUCUACCCGAGCAACGGUCAGAAGUCAGGAGCGGGAUUUUAA